AUGCCUAUUAUGGAAUGUAUGUCACGCGGAAGUCUUGCUAGUAUUGUGAAAAAAAAAGGAAAUGAUAUAUCUUUACGACGAAAACUUGAUAUGACAAUGAAUAUUGCAAGUGGGAUGCGUAAAAUUCACGAACACCGAAUGAUUCACCGAGAUAUUCGACCUGACAAUAUUCUUGUCAAUGAAAAUUAUGUAGCUAAAAUUGGUGAUAUGGGUAUUGGGCGUGUUAUUGAUCCUCUAAAUCAACAUACACAAAUUGGAUGUACACCGUAUACACCGCCUGAGUUCUAUCGUGGCUCCUAUGAUCAGAAAGUUAACAUUUUUUCAUUUGGCUUAACAUUAUACGAGCCUUUCACUGGCAAACGACAUACAUUUCAAAUGGCACCUCAAAACAAAAUUACUUUUCACCAGAGAAGUCCUAUAUUUGCUGACUUGAUCGCUCGAUGCACUUCUGAUGAUCCCAAACGACGUCCGACAGCAUUAGAAAUCGAAAAACUUUUGAUCUGUAUAUAA